AUGGGUGAUUACGAACCCAUCAUAUUACCACUCGAUUUAGAGGACGAUCCAGCUCCCAAUCCAAAACCAAUUCGCGGACCAAUCAGACCUCCAACUCUUCCAAAAGACAAAGACUACAAAGAUUACAAAGUGCGCAAGCUUGACGAGAAGAAACACAGGGUGUUCAACUCAUGUAGCUCUCCUGGAUCAAGUCCCUACAAAAAACGGAAAUUUGAUGAGCCACGACCAAAACAAAACUCCAGAGACCAUAGAAGCAAACCCCACGGCAUCAGCUCACCUCACGGUGGGCGCAAGUAUUCUACGGGCCGAGCCGACACCAGAGUUCAUUACGAUUCUGAAUCAGAAUAUUCAGAACCUGGAGAAUCAUCGAAGUGGCUAACAACUUCUGCAGUUGCUUGCUUCUUGGUUUUCGUUGUAAUUGUUGGCAUAUUCGUCACAUUCUAUUUACAAUCUCUCAAAAUCAUCAAUAUUCUUCCAUUCAAUGUAUAA